AUGUCGGCCGAACGUCGCUGGGAACAACGCCGAUUCCAGCUAGAGGAGUCAACGACCCUCAAUGGGGGCGCCCGCACCAUCUUCAUCGAAACCAUGACGCCAGGCACGACAGUUCCCCCGCACUUCCACUCUCGCUUCUCUGAAACCUUCGAUUUGAUCAGCGGGUCCAUGUCAGUUUAUGAUUCCUCAGAGCCUGACCUCGAUGCUUUAGAGGCAUCAGCCCAGAAACUGGAGGUUCGCAAGCCGGUGACAAUUAAUCCUGGCCAGUACCACAAGUACCUCGUGGGAGACGACGAGACAGUGCUCCGGGUUAUUGUCACGCCUGGAGAUGCUGAUUUCGAGAGACUAUUGAAGAUUAUGAACGGGCUAGAUGCGGAUGGUGAGCUGCAGAAGUUGGGGGAUAGUGUUGUGCUCAUGGCAAUUAUCAUGGGCUUGGGCGACGCACAGCUUAUUGGUCCGGCCAAGGAGAUGCUAGACGGGGUACGGGCGACAAAAGGCAAAGAAAUUGAAGAAUUGAGGAAAAGUCUUCUUGCAAAGUACGACACUGAGGAGGCACUACAGGGCUUAUUGGUGGGAAAGUAA